CUCGUUUUGACUCACUCAAACUAUUCAAUGAGAUUACUCCGCGGUCUCAAGGCAAACGCAUCACUCCAAAACCCUUCCUCCUCCCAUCUCUCCAAAACCGUUCCUCCAAUCUUUCGUACUAAACCCUUAAACCCAUCAAGCCAAGAAGCAGGAUCUUCCCUUUCUCUCACCCAACAACUCCAUUUAUAUCUUCCCCUUCAACCCAUCUCGCCAAAUCCAUUUCUUUCCCUGUUGUCUUCCUGCACUGACACCCUUUCCCUCAGUAAAAUCCACGGCUUCAUCCUCGUCCAUGGACUCAACAAUCAUCUCCCAUGCCAAACCAAAUUAUUCAGCUGUUAUGCAUCCUUGGCAGAUCUCGAGUCCGCCCGCAAGGUGUUUGACAGAAUUCCAGACCCAGAUCUUUAUUCCUGGAAAGUAUUGCUUAGAGGCUUCAUCUUGAAUGGGCAAUACAGAGAAGCUAUUUGGUAUUAUUCACAAAUGAGAUGUCGGUUUUGCGGGCAUGAUAAUAUCAUCUUCUCCCGUGUCCUGAAGGCCUGCAUUGAAUUGCUCGAUCUUGAUGAAGGAAAGAAGCUGCAUGGCCACAUCAUCAAAGUCGGGGAUCCAGACUGUUUUGUGCUCAACAAUCUCAUUGACAUGUAUGCAAAAUGCGGUGAUAUGGAUUCUUCUAGAAGACUGUUUGAUGGAACUCAGGAUAGAAAUGCGAUUUCUUGGGCUACUGUGAUAUCAGGAUAUGCUCACAAUGACUGUGGCGCUGAAGCAUUAAGAUUCUUCAAUCACAUGCAACGAUCUAAUAAUGAACUUGAUGAGUACACAGUGGUGAGCUUAUUGACUUCAUGUUCAGUGAUAGGUGCUUUACAUCAAGGAAAAUGGGUGCAUGGUUGUGCAAUAAAGCGCGGAAUGUGUACAAACCCCUUUGUAGGUAGUGCGCUAGUAGACAUGUAUGCCAAGCGUGGGGACAUUACAGAUGCCCGUUAUGUGUUUGAUGAGUUUAAGAAUAUGGAUGCCAUCUCAUGGACUGCAAUGAUUGUUGGGUACACACAAAGAAACUAUCCUCAAGAUGCAUUGAAGCUAUUUUCUGAUAAAAAAUGGAUGGUUCUAGUUCCUAACUCAGUGACCAUAUCCAGUAUUCUAUCUGCUGCUGCACAAUUGAGGGACAUGAAGUUGGGUAGUUCAAUUCAUUCACUAGGGUUGAAAUUAGGAGUAGAAAAGUGCUUGGUGGUGAUGAAUGCCCUCAUUGAUAUGUACGCAAAAUGUUGUAUGCUUUUUGAAGCUAAUUCUAUAUUCAAAGGAGUCCAUUGCAAGGAUAUUGUUACUUGGAAUGCAAUGGUUGCAGGGCACUCUCAGAAUCAUCAAGGUGUAGAAGCGUUAUCUCUAUUCAACACAAUGAGGUCAGAGGGAUGUUCACCAGAUGCUGUUACGGUUGUCUGUGCUAUCUCAUCUUGUAUCUCUUUGGGGGACUUCCUCCUCGGUAGUUGUUUCCAUGCCUAUUCCAUCAUGUUUGGGUUUCUUACAAAUAUUCAUGUUGGUACUGCACUUCUCAAUUUCUACAACAAGUAUGGUGAUGUGAAGUUGGCUAAUAGAAUCUUCCAUGAGAUGAUAGAAAGGAAUACUGUGACAUGGUGUGCGAUGUUGGGUGGAUAUGGAAUGCAAGGUGAUUAUGCUGGCUCUGUUGAUAUUUUCAAGAAAAUGUUGAAGGAAGACUUGCAACCCAACGAUGCAACCUUCACUACCAUUCUUUCGCUUUGUAGCCACACUGGGAUGGUUGAUGCAGGACGAGAGUAUUUCAAUAGUAUGUCUGAGCAUUAUAAGAUAGCUCCCUCAAUGAAGCACUAUGCAUGCAUGGUUGACAUGCUUGCUCGGGCUGGAAGAUUAGAGGAAGCACAGGAAUUCAUAGAUAGGAUGCCAAUACAAGCUGACACUAAUGUCUGGGGAGCUUUGCUUCAUGGUUGCAGAAUGCAUUGGAGGUUUGAACUUGGUGAAGUUGUAGUAAGGAGGAUGAUGACUUUGCUUCCAAAUAGGCCAGAUUACUAUGUGCUCAUGUCGAAUUUGUAUGCUUCAGAAGGGAGGUGGGAUGAAGCCCUUAAAGUGAGGAAACUGAUGGAGGAGAUGGGUCUGGUGAAGCAACCAGGAUGUAGCUCCUUCGGAAUUGAGAACCAGUUCAAUACUACUGUCAUGAAGGGCUCACAUGUAUGAGAAUAUAUUUGGAAAAAAGGAACUGAAGUUCAUUAUUUGAAAGAAACAGGUAUGAUCAAGCUGCUUGGAUAUAGUUAUAAUGAGCUGCUGCUAUCAAACUUUGACACUAGACAUCAUAAAACAAAUUAUCUACAUACCUGCUGGAGUUAAAAGCAAAACAAAGUGGCUCAAUUGGUCAUGGUAAUUGGUGAGAUGCUUUUUCCUAAAUGUUUAUUUGGAGUUAAUGGCCUUAUGCAGAGCUGGAACUGCUGCAUGGCGCUCAUCAAGUCUGUCAAUUGGAUCCAUAAAAUCAACCAAGGCAGCAUAUCCAUAAGAUAGUUAUAGUGGUACUUCUGGCAUGUACAAGUCUACGUUAAAAAAGACUUGUUUGGAGCUUCUAGCCUGCUCCGUGCAUAAUUGUUUAUCCAAUACCACCUUGCUAUGGCUGAAAAAAAUAAUCAAAAGUUAAAUAUCAUCUGAAAUACAAAUCAUGAGCUUUGUACAGUGCGGCAUUUAUUGUAUCGGUUGAACUAAGGGCCGGCUCUGGAGGAGGGCGACACUGGACGAUGGCCCUAGGCCCUGAAUUUGGGAGGGUCCAAGUUUUUUUUUUAGUACUAUGUAUUAUAGGCAUGUAGUUGGGCCUGGGUAGUUGGGUCCAAAUUCAUAUUUCAGAACCUUUUGAUAUUGUCUUUUUCUUUUAUCCUUUUAGGUUGCAAUUUGCAAAGUGGUGAAGGAUUUGGGGCUGCCAUGAAAUAAUUGGAAGGUAUAAUCUUAUUUUUUUGAAAAGUAUAGGAAUGAUGAUUUUGUUGUAAGUUUGACUAUUACUAAAAGUCUUACAUUAUAUAUGAACACAAAGCCAAUAUUUACAACAAUGCAUUAUAUUUUUAGGGAAAAAUAAUUUAAUGAAAG